AUGGCUGAGAUGUGUGCCGCAGCAUCUUCGUGCUCGAGUGUCCGAGAUGUGGCCGGAAGGCGGCGCUCGCUCUGCCUGCGCUCCAUGAAUGCCAGCCGCUGCAGCUGGUCUUUGCAGAGGUUGCUGGCGGUGAAGCCUGUGGCACACUUUCCGGCCCGGGCAUUUGCGAUUCAGCCCUGGCAAGAUGCCUACCUCAAUGCCCUGGCUUGCGGAGAGAACGAGCGGCUGCAAGAUGCCAAGGGGCGGUUGAUGGAUCAGUGGCAGGGGGACCGGGCCAUGAACCAGGUGGCUGAUCGGAACCACCACUACAACCGCAGCCUGCGGGGGCUGGAGGGGCCCAACGCCCUGGGAGUCCACCUCACGUACAUGGCACGGCAGAAGUUUCGUCGCGGUACUCGGGGCAAGUGGGGCUUGGCCCGACGGUCUGUUGGUCGUCUCAGGCACCUCCUGGAUAUGGCUGCGAGCCCAUGA